UUGGCCUCCACGCCGGAGCAGCUCAGAGUAUACAGACUUCGCUAGAGGAGAAACAGCCGGGAGAAGAGCAGGGCUGAAAUCAAAAUCAAAAGUUUAGAGCCGUGUUCUUUUAGACUGCCAACACUUACAAAGAUCAUAACAGAUCAAGAUAUAUUCGUUUUAUCUUAUUUUUGAGUUGUUUUGCUUGUUUCAAUAACUUUUUAUUCCUCGGAAAAGUUUGCUUCGGGACAAGGAGUGUAACCAAAAAGGGACUUGAAGUUUGAACCCGCCUGCUGUUGGUAGGCUCCCUGUCACUCUUUGUAUUAAAUCAGUAAUAAACUGACAGAGGACUAAGGUAAAUCGGGAGUGUAAGUGAAACGACUUGCUUGGGCCAAAAAAAAAAAGUUUUGGUUUCUCUUUCUAUGUCUACUAAGAUGGAAACUACUUUCUACGACGACUCUCUGAGCGGCGGGUUCUCUCAGCACGACGGCGCUGCGUUUGGAUACAACGCCAAAGCGCUGAAGCACAGCAUGACGCUGAACCUCUCGGACCCGAGCAGCGCGCUCAAGCCGCACCUGCGGCCCAAAGCCAAUGAAAUUCUCACGUCGCCGGACGUCGGCCUGCUCAAGCUGGCCUCUCCAGAGCUCGAGCGCCUUAUCAUUCAGUCCAGCAACGGUUUGAUCACCACGACUCCCACGCCCACACAGUUCCUGUGCCCGAAAAAUGUCACGGACGAGCAAGAGGGCUUCGCCGAGGGCUUCGUGCGAGCGCUGGCCGAGCUCCAUCACCAGCACAUGCCGCCCAGCAGCGUCACCACGACCCCUCAAACUACAAUCAACAACUCCAUGGCACCCGUGUCGUCGAUGGCGGGCGGAGCUGUGUACUCGACUGUGCGUUCGGAACCUCCGGUGUACGCUGACCUGAGCACGUUUAACCCGGCUAUCACCACGGCACCGAGCUUCACCAGCGCCAAUCCGGCCAUGAGCAGCUACACGACCACAUCUAUGCCGCCACCACCACCGCAGCAGCAGCAGCAGCACACCCUGGCCGUACAGCACCCGCGACUGCAGGCGCUGAAAGAGGAGCCGCAAACGGUGCCCGAGAUGCCCGGGGAGACGCCGCCGCUCUCGCCCAUCGACAUGGAGAGCCAGGAGCGCAUCAAGGCCGAGCGCAAACGCAUGCGCAACCGCAUCGCCGCUUCCAAGUGCCGCAAGAGGAAGCUGGAGAGAAUCUCCCGCCUGGAGGACAAGGUCAAGACGCUCAAGUCGCAGAACUCGGAGCUGGCAUCCACCGCCAACAUGCUGCGCGAACAGGUCGCCCAGCUCAAGCAGAAAGUCAUGAACCACGUCAACAGCGGCUGUCAGCUCAUGUUGACGCAGCAGCUGCAGACAUUCUGAAAAGGGCGAGAGAGGACACAUGGUGUUGUCGCGUAACAGACUGAAAGGACACGCUAACCAGAGGUGACAGGCCGGUAAAAGCAUCUCUUCUGGCAAUAGUCCACCAGGACCGGGAACUGUGUGAUAGCGCCUUUUGCGCUUUGGCGCGUAAAAGGAUGUCCGGAUUGGAGUUGAAAACUCCGACUGCGUCCACUGGUGACAUACCGGGCACCACAGGACAGCAUGAGAGCCUCGCACUGUUACAUGUUGUUUCUUCUUUUUUUCCUAAUGACGACAAAAAGAGACUCAACCUUGCUCACUUUUGACCAAGUUGCGCAUGGACCUAAGCUUUACAGGAGCACUCAGUAUUAGAAGAGAAAAAGAGAACUGUGAUAGGAACGUUGUCGCCUGUACUGGCGCGCCAAAAGCAGGAAGUUGCGUCCACAUAAAGUCUGAAAACUUUUUGACAAAAGCUGCCUGACUUCUAAGUUGCAAUGUACCUUUACUGCUCUUAAACUGAAUCAAAUUGACAUUGAGUUAGUCGAGCUUUAGCAGUUUCUUUUUCUAAAAAGUUUUUUUUAAUGAGGUUUCACUCAUUGUUAUGUGUAAAUAAAGACAAAGAGGAGUACUUAAGUUUACCAUUUGUAAUUAAAGUACUACAUAAUUUUUUUUAUGUUUGUUUUCUGGCAUCAUCAGAAACUAAUCAAUAUUUAUGAACUGUAAUAAAAGUAUGACGAACGAAAACAAUGUCUCUUGUCU